CUUUUGGUCAUGGUUAUAUAUAUUUCAUAAUAUAGUCUAUUAAGCUUUUAUCCGCAGGCCGCUCAUUUAAUGCAAUCGAUGGCAAAGGCAGCAGCAACGAAACUGGCGACUACAAUGGCCAAAACCCCACUCGACACACUCGUCCAAGCUCGCUAUGCCGACGCCAUUGCCCAAGGUGCUCUUUUGUUCACAGAGUCCACAGUUAGCCUGCAAACAGAGCAGGAUGUUAAUUUCGAAGUGCGGGAAAAGCUUAUGUCGAGUGACUUUGUCAACCCGUUUUUGCCGUUCGAUCAGAGGCUGCAUGUCAAGGGCCUGUGUGGCUCGCACCAGCUGCUGCUGAACAAGUACUGCGUGGUCCCAUACCACCUUCUAAUCACGACCGCCGAGUUCAGGCAGCAAGGCGAGCCACUGACAGAGUCCGACUUUGCUGCAGUGCUGGCCACUACCAGCAGCCUAUCGCGGCCGCAGAUAGUAUUUUACAAUUCGGGCGAGGAGUCUGGCGCCAGCCAGCCGCACAAGCAUAUGCAAUUACUGCCAAUGCCCGAAUAUCUUGACGCGCCUCCGACAGUGAGCAUGUGGAUGCGGUCUACACCCGAGCUGGGCCAUACACACGUGUCCCGCGAUCUCCCGUUUGCACACUUUGGCGUCCGCCUUGACUCGAGUUGCGCCUCGCCGUCUGGGCUGGCUGCUGCGUACUCCGCGGCGCUCAAGGAGUUGAUGAGUGCUUACAGCGAAAGCGCGUCAUACAAUAUGAUACUGACAUCCACCGCGCUCAUGCUGUUUCCCCGGCGCUGCAACAGCUGGAAGGGCAUAUCAAUUAACUCGCUUGGGUUUGCCGGGCUAGUUUUAUGCAAAACAACCGCAGAAUUGGACCUUGUCAAGCAGCUGGGCGUUUUGAACCUCUUGGCCAACGUCGGACACCCUGCACUCCCAAAUGCAAGCAGUGCCACUCAAACCUUUGCCUGAAUGUAAUGUUUUUGAAGCUUUUAUUGCGAUUGAAUGUUUUAAAAGAUAAACAACUAUUAAAUGUUUAGCAA